AUAGGCUGAUUGGAAAGGAUUGCUAUAUGUUUGGCUUCUGAGAAAACUAAUCAAUAUAACGGAAAUAAAUGCUUAAAUGUUCGAUCUGUCGGUCUCCUUCUUCAUGCCAUUGUUCGGAGUCAUUUUUUAAAUAAAGCUAGAUGCACCGGAUUCUGCCCCAUCGUAAUUAUUGUAUUUGAAAAGAGUAAACAUAAUCACUUAAACCCCGUUUGUCUCUGGUAAAGUCUGGGAAAUUUUUUUUGAGGAACGAUAGUUGCUUAUUCGUAUAAAAUUUCCAUACAAUUACAAUAUCAUAAGAAGUCUGCGCUCUAAGCAACCGGACAGAACUUUAGGGGCUUUCUUGGACUCGUAUUGAAUAUGAUGAGCUUGUGAGUCCUGGGUUAUAUCUUUUAAUUUGGGAGUCGAGGGGUUAGCAAUUUUAGCAGGUUGUAUCCCCCUUCCCUUCGUUACCCAUCCGUUAUCUCUCUCCUUCCGAUCGCUGCCUCGCGCCGGAACAGCACAGUCGAUUCAGCUCCUUGCAGUGAGGCCUUGGCAUAGGCGCUUGUUUGGUGGUGGAGACCCUUCCUCCCUUAUUCUCCUGUAAAUGGGCUGUUUCCAGUCUACAGGAAGAAGACAGGUCCCUGGACAUGAGGACCCAGUAGUUCUCGCUUCCCAAACAGCUUUCAGUGUUAGUGAAGUUGAAGCACUUUUUGAGCUUUUCAAGAGCAUCAGCAGCUCUGUGAUUGAUGAUGGGUUGAUAAACAAGGAAGAAUUUCAGCUGGCACUCUUCAAGAACAGAAAGAAAGAGAAUCUCUUUGCGAAUCGGAUCUUUGAUCUGUUUGAUGUUAAGCGGAAGGGAGUCAUAGACUUUGGUGACUUUGUCAGAUCACUUAAUGUCUUCCAUCCUAAUGCCCCUCAAGAAGACAAGAUUGAUUUUUCAUUUAAACUCUAUGAUUUGGAUGGUACGGGCUAUAUUGAGCGCCAAGAGGUCAAGCAAAUGUUAAUUGCUCUUCUUUGCGAGUCUGAAAUGAAGUUGGCUGAUGAGACCAUUGAAAUAAUACUGGAUAAGACAUUCUCGGAAGCUGAUGUGGACCAAGAUGGGAAGAUAGACAAGUCCGAGUGGCAUAACUUCGUUAUUAAGAAUCCAUCAUUAUUAAAGAUCAUGACCCUCCCCUAUCUGAGGGAUAUAACAACGACAUUUCCAAGUUUUGUGUUUAAUUCUGAGGUUGAUGAGAUUGCUACGUGAAAGAAAGGAAUAAAUAGCUUAGGAAUACCAUGAAUUUAGUGUGGUAGAUAUUUCGAUGUAAUUCUUUGAGCAAUUGAACAACAAACAUUGUGAGAGGCAAAAGAAAGAAAGAGUUCAUUACUCCUUUUCAGAACGAGUAGGUAAGGUUGAUGUGAAGCCGAGGAAGCUUAUAUGAAGCUGAGGAGGCUUAUAUCCACCAGCAGAAGAAGGGUGUAGUCGCAGCAUUCAGAUGGCUAACUCUGGCGAUUGUAAAACGUUAUAUUAGUUUGGAAAUUCGUAGCCAAUUUUCUUUUUGAUAGUAUUAAUUAAAAUUGUAAAUUUUUUUU